AUGCGCAUUCAAGACAUGCGUUUGCCCAUCAUUCGUUCAUAUCUCCAUUCGCACCCGUUUGUGACGCAUACAACUGGUGGUCGACGGAGAAGGAAGGUGAAAAAAAAGAAGGGGGAGAGGCUUCAUGCUCAACGUGUGAGGCGUGGAAUGAAUAGCGGGGGGAAGAGGCAAUCUGGUCGAUUGUUUUGUGAGAGAAGUUCUGGGGCUGUAAAGGGACGUGCAAGGAUGGGCCCCUGUGCUUGCCAACGCAUGGAACUGAGCAGCAGGGGGGAGAGAACAUUUAUUGAUCUGGGAAUUGAUGGCCCUGAGCUGCCAGUGUGGCAGUGGGCCGUUGUGUGCAAUGGGGCACUCGCAUUUUUUGUGGUAACCGUGUACAGACAUCCACAUGGAGCGGAUUGUAAAAGAGCUUUGAGGGCGGGCUGGUGCUGA